GAAGUACUCGAAAUUGAAGGUCCUGAAUUCGCUGAGUCAAUCUCUGAGGGUGACAUUCAUUGGUUGAAACAGAAGGGUGAAUUCGUGAAUGCAGAUGACCUUGUUGCUGAGAUAGAGACUGAUAAGACAACGGUGGAAGUGCCAGCACCUCAGUCUGGUACAAUCGUGGAUUUAUUGGUGGAGGAUGGCGGCAAGGUGACUGCCAAACAGAAACUGUAUAAAUUGGAACCGGGAGAGGGUGGUGGUGCUGCUGCUGCAGCUGCACCCGCCGAAGCGCCCAAAGCAGAAGCAGCGCCAGCUCCUCCGGCACAACCGGCCGCAGCCGCUGCCCCAGCUCCGGCUGCAGCCGCACCAGCCCCACCACCUGCAGCCGCUGCACCUCCACCACCACCNAUUGAGAUCGCAGCAGUGAAGUUACCACCAGGUGUAAAUGCAGCCCAAGCAAUAACCGGAAGUCGUGAUGAGACGCGAGUGAAGAUGAAUCGAAUGCGUUUGCGUAUUGCCCAACGACUGAAAGAAGCCCAGAACACUUACGCAAUGUUGACCACAUUCAAUGAGGUCGAUAUGACCAAUGUAAUGGAAAUGAGGAAAAAAUAUCAGAAGGAGUUUGUGGCUAAACACGGAAUCAAACUUGGUCUGAUGUCACCGUUCGUUAGAGCUGCUGCUUAUGCGCUUCAACAACAACCGACUGUUAAUGCAGUGAUCGAUGAGAAUGAGAUAGUGUAUCGACAUUAUGUGGAUAUGUCAAUUGCGGUCGCAACACCCAAAGGAUUGGUGGUACCGGUGUUGAGGAACGCUGAAGCGAUGGAUUACGCUACUAUUGAAAGUACACUGGCUGCGAUUGGUGCUAAGGCGCGUGAUGGCAAGUUAGCAAUCGAAGAGAUGGAAGGUGGAACGUUCACGAUCAGCAACGGCGGUGUGUUCGGUUCGUUGAUGGGCACUCCGAUCAUCAACCCGCCUCAGUCGGCCAUUCUCGGCAUGCACGGUAUCUUCGAUAAGCCAGUAGCGGUGAACGGCAAGGUCGAGGUGCAUCCAGUGAUGGUGAUCGCACUCACUUACGACCACAGGCUUGUCGACGGCAGAGAAGCAGUCACCUUCUUGAAGAAGAUUAAAACGGUCGUUGAAGAUCCACGAACUAUGUUAAUGAACCUUUAG